UUCGAGACGAGGUGUCUAGUACAUUUGUGUUCACACUCCGUGCUACGUUAGCUGUUCGAUAUUGUGAUUAUAGGUGCGUGAAAGAGUGUCCACGAGAAUUAUUCUACAUUAACAUCCCGUGAUAACAAUAUCAACCCACGAAGUCAACUACUCCAUCAAUCUCACCAACAAAAUGAGUUCAUUCCCCGUCGCACUAACCUGUCUGGGUUUGGUUUCGCUGAUGCAACUACUGGUCAUCGUCUCCGGAGGUCCUGUAGAAGAAAGCACGACCCUACCAGCCAUGCUCGUCUCAAUUGAAACCGUGUCAGAUAUCAGGGAAUAUCGCAAGGCACAUGCGGACCUAACCAUCGAACCGCUUGCAGUUCGUUCAGUCGUCAACCAGGCUGGUGGUAACAACCGCAAGCAGAUCGUGUACACCCUCGGAGCACGCUUUUCCGGCGAUCAACUUGUGGCAAUUUCGUCCGGUGGCAAAUCGUGGACAAGCCCGCAGGAUAUCAAGCUCAACCUGCAGUAUCCAACGACCGGUGUUGGAGCAUCUGUGACGUAUGUGGAGGUGAUCGUCGAUCAAAGCUCAGAAUUAGGUCAGGGUUACGUCGUGUCGGGUGGAGUUGGUCAGCGUUUUAUACAGCUGGUGAUCGAGGCGUACAAUACGGUGUAUUUCAACUAUUCCGCCGCUAUUUAUGGGUUCUGAGCAACUGAGUCGAACAUCAGCUCGUGCAGAGUGCAAAGCUUUCGACUGACCUAAUUGUGUUGUUCCAAUAAAGACUGUUUAUUGCUCAUGUCUGCAUUUACAUGGAGUUGUUGUUU